AUGACGACUACCACGGGCGAUCCAUCGACUCUAAAGACUCCGGCUUCUCUGUCGGGUGGAGAUCUCGUUUCUCGUCUUCUGGCGGCCACUCCACCGUACCUAUACAACGUGCCACUGACACCUCACAGCUUCUUCUUCAGCGAGAUGCUACGUUCCUUCGUACAAGCCAAGGCGGAGGCAUCGUCGACUGGCGGUGGCGGCGGCGGUGGCGGCGGCGGCGGCGGUGUUGGGGGUGUCGGCGGAGGUACACCAAAUGCACCGCGACGCCGUAAGCGAUCUUGGCGAGACGCUCGGGAUAGACCACUCGAACUCACGACGAAGGAACGGUCGAAUCAUCAUCAUCAUCAUCAUCAUUAUCACCAGCAUUCGGAGAAAUACUAUCACUCGGCGACGCAGCAGCAACCUUCUCAAGUACCACCGGAGACUCGUUUGGAGAACGAUGGCAAGCGAGCCGAUACCUAUCUCGACACGAUGGAGAACAAACCCGGGGGGGCGGCAUUCGAUCAGAAACCUAACUUUGGUGGCGAUAUCCUUAAGCCCAUUGACGAGAAUAAGACCGAAUUUUCAGUGCGACAGCACUGUAAGAACUUCUUCGACGAACGGCCGCGACAACACUUUGAGCAGGCCCAGCCGCCGGAGAACGUUUUUCCUGGCGGAGAACCGCGUAAGGUCAAGCCGGAGGAUUCGCAGCAGUUGGACCGCAGCAGCGGUAGGAGUUACGAGGACCGGUCGAAAAGUAGCAUCGUACCCGGUCAGGAGAUGUCCCCUCUGCAAUUGUCAGAUCAGAAGAAGUUGGACUUUUCACGGGCAGGCCCUUUCUUGCCCGGGAUGCCGGGGGGCAGAGGAUGCGAGAGCGUACUUCAGGGCGUGAAGGGUUUCGCUCUGCCCAGCGGCAUAGGCGCCGGCGCCGGCGCCGGUCCGGCGGAUUUUCUACCUGGGCCCCUCUGGUACCCGCCGUAUCCGAUGCCGCAGUCCUACCCCGGCAUCGAUCCUCUACACUUCUUCAUAGACUUACGCGUCUCCGGCCAUAUUUGGGAUCGCAAGCACGCGAGCGAACGGCAGCUAUCUUUCAAGAGCAAACAUUGCUCGGCCUUUAGCGUGCCGCAAUCGAAGGAGUGCGGGAAUCGCCCGUUGAAUCUUACUCGCGACGAGGCCACGACGUCGAAGAAUCCGCAGGACGCGGAGAACACGCAGGGUACCAAUUAUAUCUUGAAGCAUCUGAUGAAGACCUACCAGGACAUACAGCAGAUGAAAAUCUCUAGGACGGACGCGUCGAUGGAGAACGAGGACCAUUCGAAGGGAACACAGCAAACUGGCGAGGACUGCACUGCAAAGGUAGAGGACACUGGCAAUACGGUUACAAAUCCCGAAGAGGAGAGAAAGGAUUUACGGGCUCUGAUCGGUCUCGAAUUAGUGGUGGACUAUGUGAAAGAGCCGAAGGAUGACUCAUCGAUCGAGCAAACGUCACAAGUAACGGAAUAACUUAUCCUAACGAAUUUGCGAUUUGCAAAGGGAUGCGCGCGCCUUCCACUUUAAUCGCUAAAUUAGUCGUAUAGUGUCGUUAUUUUCUCGUGUAAUAUCUUCGAAGCUACACUCGCGAUGACGGCGAUGAUUCUUUCGCCGUAAUAUAAAAAUAUAGUACCUCAGAGGCAAGAUAGAGGAUUUGCCGGAAUGUGUGCAAUAAGAUCCGAGGAAGAUUGAACCUAUAUCAGUGAAAUAUUAUAUAUGUCGCACGCACGCAACGUGUGAUACAUUCAUACGACAAUUCGAA